UUUUUUAAAAAGGACUUUCAGAAAAGUUUUCAAAAAUAGGAAAAACGAAUUCCUGAAUACCUUUCACUCGGAUUCCUCAACUGUUAACAUUUUACUACAUUUGCUUUAUUUAUCUCUUUUCUCCUUUUCUGUCUCUCUCUAUAUAUGUAUUUCUGAAUCCAUUCAAGAAUAAGUUGCAGACAUCAUGCAUCAUGUAAGCCUGAAUACUUCAUUGUGUAUUUCCUAAAAACAAGGAAUUCUCCUACAUAAAUAUUAAUUUGUAUGUGUACCCUUCUAGAUUUUUUCUAUACACAUAUUGUUUAUAUUUAGAUAAAAUAAUACAAUGUUUUAUUCAUAUAUAGUUAUUUAUAAUGGCUUGCCUUUUAGGAGAGAUUAGCAAUAAAGAUUGUAUAUAACCUCCUGCCAGUAGAUACUCUGCAAAAUGAUUCUUCAUCAGACUCUGACUGGAGGCACACUGGGUUUCUGGUUGGCACAACAUUUUCCAGAGACCAGCUUACUUGAGAGAAUCAACUGUUCUUGUGCUCUUGCACGUUGAGUCUGAUAUCCAUGGAAAGCACUGAAUAAAUAAGUAAAAAGGCAGGCUAGUGGCAAGCUCUGAAUUCAAAUUUGGUCUUUAUUCCAUUGCCAGUAGAGACUCAAGGAAAGGUUUAUAGCAGGGGAGUGAGCCAGUAAGAGCUGUGUUUUCUGGAGAUUAAUUUGACAGUGUCUGCAGAAUAGAGGAAGAAACCAGAGCAUGCGUUCACAAGUCAUUUGGGUAAAAUGAUCCCUAGUUUUAAGGGCAAAUUUCGCGUAGAACAGAAGCCUUCUCCAGCUUUUCUCUCGCGUGUCUUCCAGAACUGGUUGAAGUCGUACGGCUAUCUGCUUCCCUAUGACUCCCGGGCGUCGGCGUUGCACUCAGGGAAGGCCUUACAGUCAGCAGUCUCCACUAUGCAGCAGUUUUACGGGAUCCCAGUCACCGGUGUGUUGGAUCAGACAACGAUCGAGUGGAUGAAGAAACCCCGAUGUGGAGUCCCCGAUCACCCCCACUUGAGCCGUAGGCGGAGAAACAAGCGCUAUGCCCUGACUGGACAGAAGUGGAGGCAAAAACACAUCACCUACAGCAUUCACAACUACACCCCAAAGGUGGGUGAGCUAGACACCCGGAAAGCUAUUCGCCAGGCUUUCGAUGUGUGGCAGAAGGUGACCCCGCUGACCUUUGAAGAGGUGCCAUACCAUGAGAUCAAAAGUGACCGGAAGGAGGCAGACAUCAUGAUCUUCUUUGCUUCUGGUUUCCAUGGCGACAGCUCCCCCUUUGAUGGGGAAGGGGGAUUCCUGGCCCAUGCCUACUUCCCCGGCCCAGGGAUUGGAGGAGACACUCACUUUGACUCGGACGAGCCAUGGACGCUAGGAAAUGCCAACCAUGAUGGGAACGACCUCUUCCUGGUGGCUGUGCACGAGCUGGGCCAUGCCCUGGGACUGGAGCACUCCAACGACCCCAGCGCCAUCAUGGCUCCCUUCUACCAGUACAUGGAGACACACAACUUCAAGCUGCCCCAGGACGAUCUCCAGGGCAUCCAGAAGAUCUAUGGACCCCCAGCAGAGCCGCUGGAGCCCACGAGGCCACUCCCCACGCUCCCCGUCCGCAGGAUCCACUCACCAUCGGAGAGGAAGCAUGAGCGCCAGCCCAGGCCGCCUCGGCCACCGCUCGGGGACCGGCCAUCCACACCAGGCGCCAAACCCAACAUCUGUGAUGGCAACUUCAACACUGUGGCCCUCUUCCGGGGCGAGAUGUUUGUGUUUAAGGAUCGCUGGUUCUGGCGCCUGCGCAAUAACCGGGUGCAGGAGGGCUACCCCAUGCAGAUCGAGCAGUUCUGGAAGGGCCUGCCUGCCCGCAUAGACGCAGCCUACGAAAGGGCUGAUGGAAGAUUUGUCUUCUUCAAAGGUGACAAGUACUGGGUGUUUAAGGAGGUGACGGUGGAGCCUGGGUACCCACACAGCCUGGGCGAGCUGGGCAGCUGUCUUCCCCGGGAAGGCAUCGACACGGCUCUGCGCUGGGAGCCUGUGGGCAAGACCUACUUUUUCAAAGGCGAGCGGUACUGGCGCUACAGCGAGGAGCGGCGGGCCACGGACCCCGGCUACCCCAAGCCCAUCACCGUGUGGAAGGGCAUCCCGCAAGCCCCCCAGGGGGCCUUCAUCAGCAAGGAAGGCUAUUAUACCUACUUCUACAAAGGCCGGGACUACUGGAAGUUUGACAACCAAAAACUGAGCGUGGAGCCAGGCUACCCGCGCAACAUCCUGCGUGACUGGAUGGGCUGCAACCAGAAGGAGGUGGAGCGGCGCAAGGAGCGGCGGCUGCCCCAGGACGACGUGGACAUCAUGGUGACCAUCAACGACAUGCCAGGCUCUGUGAACGCCGUGGCUGUGGUCAUCCCCUGCAUCCUGUCCCUCUGCAUCCUGGUGCUGGUCUACACCAUCUUCCAGUUCAAGAACAAGGCAGGCCCUCAGCCUGUCACCUACUAUAAGCGGCCAGUCCAGGAGUGGGUGUGAGUAGCCCAGAGCCCUCUCUGUCCACUCGGUCUGGCCAGCCAGGCCCUUACUCACCAGGGUCUGAGGGGCAGCUCUGGCCACUGCCCACCGGGGCCAGCAGGGCCCUAGGCCGGGUCAUACAGCUGAAGUGGUGGGUGCAUUGGCCUAGGCUGAGUGUGGGGCAGGGAGCGAUGGGAGCUGUGUCCCAGGGUGGGUGUCUGGCACCAAGCUGCCAGCCUUCUGUCCUGGGUAAAGUACUCUCUAUUCAAGGGAGUAAGCCAGGCCUCACCAGGAGGCAGGGACCAUGCCAGGAGAGCCCCUGUGGUCACUGCAUCCUGUGGUGUCUUCCUGGCUGGGACCCAGCACCCUCUGUGGGAAGCCAGCACUAGCUCUCAUCCCCCAACUGGGAGAUGCCACCAGUCCCCAUCCCCUUUUGCCAACACCUGCUGGUCAGAUGUCACCCCACCCCCACCCCACUGUCCUCCAAGGCUACAGGACCCCUGCUGCUGACACAGUGGGCAACAAGCCUGGGUUUCCCCUGCUGGCAUACAGCAGACCCCUCAGGAAACCUGUUCCACUUGUCAGGGUCUCCUCCGAGACCCAGGACUUAGGGUCACAUGCUGCAGGCAGGGCUGUGGCCCACCUGGGUCUGACAAGGACCCAGCUGUCACAUCGUAUUUAAAUGUCCUGUCACUACUGUUUAAAGUCCCAUUUUGCAAAGGCUGCUUGAGGCGUUAGGUGAACUAGAGGUGACUGUCUUGGUGAUGAGGCCAGCGUGGCGGCCCUCCCCCAGGUGAUAAGGACCAAGGUGCUGCUAAGGCCACUCUAGCGCCCAGACACCCCAGGAGCUACUCCCUGCUCAUGAAGCUACAGAGUUGGAGCAGAAGCUGACCCCGUUUCUGGAGGCCAAUCCAAGUUUGUGACUGUCCUCUAUUCCCUCCCAUUAUCCCUGUCCCUGUCCCUCCUUGCUCUGUCCCCAGCCCUGCCCCAGCCUGGCACUUGUGACCUGGGUCUCAACCUGACUAGUCGAGGCAGAGAUGGCUGUAGGGCCAACACUGGCAGGGCCUGGGAGUAAGGGCCCAGGACAGCCUUCUGGAAUGCUCUGAGACCACCCUGAGGCCAACUCAGUUUCUUGGCCCAGAAGCAGUGUUCACCCCCUGGCCCUGGCUGACCCAGCUCAAGGGGCCAUCUUCCUGCACUGCUCUCGGUUAAAGGGCACCCUCAACUGGUAGCAGCCCCAAGCCUAGGGGCCUCCUUUUUUGACCUUGUCUGGCCCACCCUUCACUGUCUCUGACAGGGUUCCCAGGGCUCAGCUUGCCUUGCCCCAGUCCAGCAGAGGUAGUCCUGCUUGUCACUGAGGAGCCCUAGGCAAGACCAGUGGGUUCAGCAAUGCCCACUGGCUCUUUGCCAAAGCCAAAAAGAGGUGUCAGGCAGUCUUCAGGGUGCUGGCAGGAUCCCAAUUGCCACCCCGCCCUCUGAGCCUGCAUGGGCCAUGCCCUCACCCUGUGGCUCCUGGGCUUUGGGUCGGCUUACCCUGUAGCACAGACAGGGACUCCUGCUGCCCUGGGAGCUGUCUCAAGCAAAAUCUCUCGUCCCAGAGGCGCCUAUGUGGGUCCACUGUGUCCCCUGUCAUCAUCCUUGUUUGUUCAUUUUGGCCAAGGGCAGGCUCCCUGGGGCAGGCAGGGAACAACUGCGGAGAUAUUAGUGAUUCAUAGGUUUGUACAGUGUUUUAUACUUUGCAAAGCACUUUAUUAGCUCACACCUGUCCACUCACAUGAAACUCCUGUAGGCCCUGGGAGGCCGAGGGUAACUCUCAUCAUGCCCUCAGAUGAAGCACAGAGAGGUUCUGUUAACUUGCCCAGGCCAUCCAGUGGGUUGGCUGGGUCUCAUGUCCCCAUCUGUGGACCCUGUAGGGUCUGAGAUGAGACGUGUCUCCUCUAUCCAUCUCUUCCUGGCCUCCCUUGCUGGUCCCUCUCCAUUCCUCAGGUUGGUGCUCUCACUUCUUGAAAGCUCUAGGCACCCCCCACCUCCCGCCAGGCUCCCCACUGGCUCCUGGUACUACCUAGGCCAGCUGAGAAAGAGCAGGGGAUGGGGCAGGCAGACCAGGCUGCAGACGAGGGAUGUGGGGCCAGGCCCAGAGAGGGCUCAGCCUAGAGGCUUCCAAUCUCAGAUACUCCUGCCUGUUGUCAUCUGUUUGUCCACCACCCCAGGACAGGGCAGAUAGACAGAGGGGCAAAGCACUGGGGGCCCCAGAGCCCGGCUUCCCCUCAGCCUGGGGAACAUCACAGCAUUUCAGUGUCAGUCACAUUUUAAACUGAUCAGCCUUUGUAUAAUGUUUUUUAAAUCAUUUCUAAAUAAAACAGAAAUACAGAGUG